CCAGUGUCGUCAUAUUUCCACUGGGCACUGUCUGAGCAGGCUGCUUUGUGUAAAGGUAGGCUGGAUGAAGGCUGCUCAGUCUGAAUCUGCGUGCCGGGGACUGCUGUUGCGUAACAGACGUGCCAGGCUGUAGGUUGGUAGGUAGGCAAUCGUGUUUAUCCGCUUGUGAGGAGGAGAAAAAAAAGCAGAGAGGGAGGGAGCGAUGUGGAGAGAGAUGGAGCGGUCGGAGGGGGCGUUCAUCUGCUCACUAGCUCAUGGCUAGAGAGCUGGCAGUGGUACAAGGCUGCUGAACCUCUCUGCAUGUUGGUAGAGGACCGUUUUUCAGCUGAACCCAGCGGCUAGUAACCUGGACUAACGCUGCGCGUUUCCUCUGGCUCACUCAGUAUGUCCCAGUCUUCAUAUUGUGCCGCAGAGGACGCCAUCGGAGAGGAGAGACCUGCAGCAGCACAGUGAAAGGAUGGUGUGACACAAAGACAGACAGACAGAGGGACCAGUCACCGCUCACCACUCAGAGGCAGACCAUGGCUCCGGAGUCUGUCCUUCUCCUGGGCUUCCUCCUCUCCUUCCACCUUCCUUCAGAUGCCCAGACCAUCAUUGGCUCCUCCUCCUCCUUCUCUCCUCUGGACCUGCCUAUUAAUUCUUCACCUCAGCCAACCAAGCAGACUGCUAGAUUCUGGCCUUCUUUGCCUCCCAGAGGGCGCAGCGAUGUGCCUAUCAGAGCCACAGUCCGGGAUAGACUGACAACUACGAAUGCGAUGCAACAGGGACAAAGAGUGCCCCGUCCUACUGCACAGUCCACUCCUAGUUUUAUAUCUGCCCUUUCCACGCAUAACCUCAGCAGUGGGCCAAUUUUAACCCAACCAACUGCCUCCAGGCCCAGGACUGAUAUGGCUAGUUUAGCAUUCAGCAGGGCUUUUACAAAAGGAGAUGCGACUACAAAAGGUUCCACUCCACCUCUGCCCACUUUACCCUCUGUUGCUGUCGCUGAGUCUGCGGGUGAUAAGCCAGUGACAGCAGGAAAUCCAGAGGAGGGAUCAGUCAAAGAAGCAGAGGAUGAUGAUUUGCAGGGAUCAGGUAGUAGUCCGACAGUGAUGCCUGUGGAGGAGGAAUCUCUUGUUCCUCAGGCAACACUUGGUGAUGAAAUGGCACAGUAUCAGCCACAGGCACAGACGGCGAUAUCUAAAGUUUCUGGUGUAAGUACACCGCCGCCGGACAGUAAGACUGUGAAACCUCAGCUGUUUCUGCUUACAACGGCCGGUAAAGUCACUACGACACCACAGACUGAGACAAGGGCCACGCCGUCCCCUGAAGUAACACAGGCGACACCUCGAACUGUAGUAUUAACAGGGAACCUCACAGAGAACACUCCUUCCACUGUCAGAGAUACUCCAAAGCAGGACUCUGUGACAUUACCCCCACCCACGACGACCACCACCGGCUCUGUCGAUAAACAGCCACAGACUGCAGGACAACCAGCAAACGCCACGACACAGCAAGUAACAACCACAUCUACAACUACACGUUCUGCUACAAAGGAGGCCGUGAGAAUAUCCUCCAGACCAACAAAUGAACCCAACAGAACAGCACAACUGGGAAGAAAAACAGCCAGCACAACUGUUCAGUCAUCAAGGACUGGGACUUCUUCCUUUCUUGCCACUGGUGUCGUACCUGUUACCCGAGCAAGGCUAAGCCCCACUUAUCAGGCUGGUAUUGGUCAGAGGAACCGCUCCAUUCUCCUAGGACACCCUCACCAAGCUCCCCACUCUACUUCAAAUCCAGCCCCCACUCCCAGCGACAGCUCCACCCCCAAUGGCACACUUCUUUACUGGGGAGACCUGAGCCGGACUUUGGCUUUUGCCUGGGAGCUGCAUGUCUAUGGGUCAGCGAGCCUCUUCCUCCUCCUGUUUGCUGGAGCUGCUCUCGGCCUCACCCUGUCCCCUGGAGCAAACUGUCCUCAUCGGGGGGCUCUCGCACUCGCCAACGCUCUGUUGUUUCUGGCUGGAGGCCUUAGGGCGUCUCUAUUUUUAAUAGACCCCUAUGGUACAAGGAAGUUCCUCCCUCGCUCUGCAGUUACGGCCCUCUACAACUUGCCUCUACACCUGCUGGUGUGGACACAGGCUGCCCUGGCACUGCUAGCAUUGCGGGUGGCAGGAGUCAGUGUGUUACCUCCCACUUUGGAGCGUCCUCCUCUGGUGGCUGUCCUGGCUGUGUUGCAGUGUACCCUGCUGCUGGCGGCGGAUUUGCUCUCCCCAGCCCUGUCCCCUGUGGUGCCCGUCACCCUGCAGGUCCUGUCCCUGUGCUGGGGCCUGGCUCUCUGUCUGGGCUUCCUCUGCUAUGUGUUUCCACGUAUACGCUGCCCCUCCAUUCCCCACCCUGGAGUCCCUGAAGAGGCCAGGAGGAAGGCUUGGACAGGCAGCAGGAGGAUGGGGGUGAUUCUGGGGAGAGUGCUGGCCGUGUGUGCAGUUCUGGGGGCACUUUGCUGUGGGCUGCAUGUUCAUGCUACCUUAUGGCUCUAUGGACUGCUGGGGAACUGGACACGCUUCAACUGGGGAUGGUGGCUUGUGCAUUUCUGGGCCCGGCUGCUGGAGCUGGCCUGGGGGUUCUCCCUCCUACUCCUGGGCUCCUGGGUGUUCUGGAGGCCUCAAGGUUGCCGUGGACGGGAAGAGGGUGGACCAGAUGGCAGAGCAGCGGGAGACCUGCCGUCCCCUGGCCAAUCUACAGGCUCCCCUCAAAGACAUACCUGCUGGUCCAAGAUAGUCCAAAGCCUGAGGGGGAAGCCCUGUAGAAAGUCUGACAGUAAUGGGGUGGGAGGAGGAGGAGGAGGAGGAGGAGGACCAGGGGAGGUGCCUAACAAUUGGGCUGGCCAGGAGCGUCCUGGAGCUGACAUCAGCAAGAGUCUGAUCAGGAACCAGAACCACGAGCAGGCCAAUGCCCAGCCACGUUGCGUCAAAGACAGCAACAGGGGACGCAACCAUAGGGGGCACUCUGCAGAGCGAGGCAUAUCUGACAGCUCCACAGGCUCCCUGCUGAGACUGCAGGCACUGGGCCGGCCUCCGCAGCGCUCAGUGAGUGGCAGUCUGGAUCAGGAAAGGGACACUUCCCUGUCUCUUUAUGAGUUCGAUCUGCGGCCCCCAUCUCCCAUCGACCUGACCCGCAGCAUAGAUGAGGCUUUGCACAGGGAACACCUACUCGUAGGAGGGAGCUUGUUUCAUCCUUUGAACCCACCCUCACAGUCCCCCUCACCGGGAUCAGGGGUCAGCCAGGGGCCCUGGCUCCGCAGGAACAGUGACCCUCAGCUGAUUUCUGAGAGCAGCGAUGCCCCGACAGAAUCUUCCAUGCCACUGGGGGGCAGCGUUCUCAGCAGCGUGCCCAGCAGGCAGGUGACUGCUCCGCCCACACCCUCCCACCAGGGUCACAGGUGGGCUGGAAACACAGUAGGAAGCGUCCCCUCAUCAGUGUCCUGCCCUGUGUCACUUCGUCCCUCCAGAACGUCAACGGGGCAUCUGGGGGAUGAUGGAGUGGACGACACGCGGCCGUUCAUCACACCGGACUCAGAGCAGGUGCGGGGGAGGGCUGGGAGGCCAGUGGGGUCACGGAGUUACCUGGAGGUCAGCCGACAUGACGACUCUGCCAGCGUCAGCAGUGAAAUUAUUGAUCUAUGAACCAAACCUUGGACACGAGGACCAAUUACAGCGCAUCAAACACACCCAUUUAACAAAUACUGUUCCUGACCAAGACUCGAGCAAAAUUUGGGACAAUUCGGUCACUGAACUGCCAAAAAAUGAUUUAUUUUUAGAAGAUGGAAACUAUUUAAAAGCGUCUCUUGGUGAUGACCUUAAAGGAUAUCACCUAGCUGCCUUUUAUUUUGUUAAAGGGUUUAACAACUUUAUUUGUGGAACAGAUACGGUAUACCUUUUACUCUGGGAGUAAAACUGGGAGAUAAAGCACAGAUAAACAACACAGCACACUCAUAAGUCUUUCCAUCUCGAUCUCACACAUUUAUCUCCCUCUUUUUCUUGUCCUUUUUUUCUCUCAAUCAUUUACACCUGCAUAACACUGGUAUAUAUAAGUACACUGGGACCAUACAUAAAUUUCAACAUGUCCUAAUAAAGGCUCUUCAGCAGGAUGGUGACUUAUUUGGGUGGUGACUAAACUAGCACUGCUAAGAGUUUCAGUAAGUUUAGAAAGGUAAAUGUCAAACGUGACUCUGAGCAUCUGUAGGUCCCCUUUUUAUUGUUUCUGUGAAAAAAAAUGCCUGCAUAUCAACAAUCGUGAAUUUCAUUGCUUUAUCUGAGUUUAUUCGCUGUCUUCCAUAUUUCAGUUUGCUUUGUGAUGUAAAGAUGUGCCAUACAUAACCUUGGUUGGUUCCGUGCUAUUUUUAUGGUUCUAUAAACCCAUUAUUUGGGUUAACUCUCUAUAGCGUCUUACCAGUAUCAUAGUGACUCAGCUACAGAUUACUACUCCUAAGCUCUUAACGUGCUGCUGCUGCUGUCGUCCAGUCUGCCUUGUAUGUUAAUGUGAAGCUGGUUGCAUAAAGAGGCGGGCAGUAAACAACGCCCAGAGACACGCAGACGCAUGCUUACAUGUGAAACUAUCGCUGAGGCUUUUAGCUGUAGCCAAACAUCAAAAUGAGAUUCAAGCGUUCACCUGUGAGGAUAAUGCAUUUCAUCAUGUUGUUUUGCCGUAGGACAAAGCUUUUGCGAUUGAUAAUUAUGUACGAUUAAAGCCUCUGACUGCAUUCUUACAGGAUUUGACCAAUAAUAUGAAGCAAUCGUAGUCCUAUCAGUUGCAUUGAAUCAAAUCAGUCUGUUUGAUAUAUUAACUAGUUAAACGCUACACAGCUUCGCAGGGCUGCACCACAUGAGACUGACUUGGCAUGAACAUCAGAUCUCUCAUAAUAGACCUAACUCAGUAACAGAGCACUUAAACUGUAAGCCUGAGCACUAGACUGAAGUAUUUUACUACUCAAGAGGAAAAUAUCUUUCAAAUAUGUGAUGUGUAAGCAACAGUGUAAAUAGUUAUUUUUGAUGUUCAUGAAUAAAGGUGUAUUUGAAACAUAGUUGUUGUUACUGUGAAAGACAAUCCAAAGUGGUACUGCUAAUGUGUCUGGGCUGUGCAAAAAGUUGUGUUAUAUCAACAUCAGUGUGGCCGGUUCAGGACAUGCUGUAACAGUUAAUAUUUGACUGCAGAGGACUUCAGGACUUUCUGUGCUGUGCUCAGGAUUACGAUGAUGCAGGUUUUGCAAAGUGAAUAACAAAUGGCAACCAUCUGCAGGAUUUUGAAUUCUUCUUUAUUUUCUGCCAUUAAAUGAUGACUAAGAUAUGGUAAAAAGAAAAAAAGACAAAACACCUAAUAUGGAAACAUUUAGUUUAAUAAUUAACUUGAAUCUGGUGAUCCUGAAAAUAGCCCAGUGGUUUCCCUUCUUAGUCUUACAUUUGAAAAGUUUUGUUCCAUCAUGAGAUAUUCAGUAUUUCAUCUUUCAAAAUGAUCACUGGAAUCAAAUCAUUUUGAAAUGAAACUUGCUUCAUGCCUCUGUUCCUGAUGAGAGUCGGUCCAUGACUUGUUUUCCGGUUACCUCAGGGUGACUUGCAGUACCUCCCAGUGAUGUGACAUGCUUGACUUGUUUAGUAUUUACAGUACAAUGGCCUUGUGUUGUUGUCUACAUUCCAAUGAACCCCAGAGAUUUCAUUGUAUCAGUACUCGCUGUUACCUCUUUUGCUUUAUGACCAGGGUGCCACGUCCAGCACCCACAGUCUCGUCCCCUCCACAAAGCAGUACGUGCCAUAGAAAAUACAAUGUGCCCCAUUCAGUCUGUAGUCACAGUGCAAAAGUACAGUGUUAGAUUCAUUUGGUUAUUUUGCUCAUUGAACUUUGGUUCAUGUAUUUCUUGCUGCAUUUCAUGUCUGGAUUCAAAUAAAAAUGAGAAAACAUUA